AUGCUACUCUUCGCCUGCACCACUCUCUUCCUCUCAAUUCUCUCCACUCUCCCUAUCACAAACGCCGCGUUCUACUACCCCACACCCAUACGCUCCUUCCUCGAACAUAUCCUAGUCGACAACUGGGGCGCCUAUGCUUCGAAUUUCUCUUCAGCAAUCACCCCUUGCACGAACUAUGUCUCGCAGACCGGCACCACAGGGCUCAAUAGUGGUCGCACCACUGCUGCCCAGUGGAUGCGCGUCAUGUUCCACGACUUUAUCACUGCGAAUGUGAGUGCGGGCAUGGGAGGUAUUGAUGCUAGUAUUGGGUUUGAGACGGCAAGGGAAGAGAAUAAGGGAAUGGCCGAUCUUGUUGCGCUCGGUACGGUCAUGUCGAAUAAUCUAUGCGGAGGCGCGCAGAUGCCGUUUCGACCGGGUCGCAUCGAUGCGACGGAAGCUGGAAAGACGACAGGCGUUCCAGCACCGGAAACCGAUCUAGAAGAGACGUUACUUUUCUUCGAGCGCGCAGGGUUCGACAAGGUGGAUGCUAUUGGGCUCACGGCUUGCGGUCACACUCUGGGCAGCGUACACCACGGCGGCUUCCCGGAGGCUGUAGACGACAGCUUCGUCACGCCCAGUAACACGAAUGGCGGUAGUAACUUCGACACUACACGCGGAGUCUUCGACCCAAACGUCCUCGGCGAAUACUUGAACGGAACGGGAAACAAAGGAGGACCGCUAGUCAUGUCGUAUAACGACACGAUGAAUUCCGAUAAACGGCUUUACGAGAGCGAUAAGAAUGCGACGAUGCAUGCUCUAUUCGCGCAAAGAGCCGGGUUUCUUAAUACUUGUGCCGAUCUCAUGGGCCGAGCCAUCAACACCGUACCUGCUGGUGUUCAGCUCCCCGAGCCAAUUGCUGUAAUGCCGGUCAAGCCGUUCAACGUAACCUACGACUUCAGCGAGGACGGAAAAUUGAUGCUUUCGGGCAAGAUCAGAAUGCUCACACCGGCAGGCAGCUCACCCCCGCAAUCACUAACUCUUCGCGUGAGCGACAACGCGACAGAGCUUGAACCAGAAACCGAGACGGGCAGCUCAGUCUUUGGUCGCAGUGGUGGUGAAUACGGAACUACGACUUACUUCCCGUUCUCGCUUUCUGGACCCGCCAUUCAAAAUGCUACGUCUUUCGCCAUCCAGGCACCCGAGGCACCGGAACAGACUUUUCGGAUCGAUAGUCAGACAUUCGUCGUUCCAAGCCUGACAGACCUGAGCGGCACAGCACUUAACGCGACGAUUGCCCUGUGCACCAGGUUUACGUCAUGUGAAGACUUAACCGUUCACAUCGCCGCGCCAUUAGAACAGCAUGGCACACUGGCGCCGAAAAUAAAUGGAAUGAAUCUGGUAGUGAGCAAGGCGACAAAGAAAAAGAGAGUUAUCCUGCAAGAUGUCCCGACUGGGUUGGUCACUGUAGAAGCCUUGUUGGACGGCAAAGUCGUAGACACGCUCUUAGUCAAUGGAGGGCAGGCUGGUUGGUAA